GUACCACGUGUGUUUGUGUGGGUCAGAGCUGGUGAUUGUGGGUAUGUAGGGGUCUCAUCGCCCAGGUUCCCCCAAACAUGCAGGUCUCAAAUGUGAACGAUGUGAAGAUUUAUAACCUGAGCUGCGGGAAGUCUCUCCCUGAGUGGUUAUCUGAUCGCAAGAAAAGAGCUCUACAGAAGAAGGAUGUGGACGUCCGAAGGAGAAUUGAGCUUAUCCAGGAUUUUGAAAUGCCCACAGUCAGUACCAACAUUAAAGUCUCCAGGGAUGGGCAGUACAUUAUGGCAGCUGGAACCUACAAGCCUCGGGUCCGCUGCUAUGACACAUACCAGCUGUCUUUAAAAUUUGAGAGAUGUUUGGAUGCUGAAGUGGUUAAGUUUGACAUCUUAUCAGAAGACUAUUCAAAGAUUGUCUUUCUUCAGAGUGACAGAUAUGUAGAGCUCCAUUCUCAACAUGGCCGUUACUACAGACUGAGGAUUCCAAAGUUUGGCAGAGAUUUUGCCUAUCACUAUCCCUCCUGUGACCUGUAUUUUGUAGGUGCAAGCUCUGAGGUGUAUAGAUUAAAUCUGGAGCAAGGGCGAUACCUGAACUCUCUUCAGACUGACGCCUCCCAGAUUAACGUUUGUGACAUCAACCCUGCUCACCAUUUAUUUGCUGCAGGCACCACUGAGGGUAAAGUGGAAUGCUGGGACCCCAGAACAAGAAACCGAGUUGGGUUGCUGGACUGUGCCCUGAGCAGUGUGACAGCAGACAUGGAGGUAGAAGGAUUGCCAUCAGUUUCUGCACUCAAAUUUCAUGGGCCUCUACACAUGGCGGUGGGCACAUCUACUGGACAGGUUGUUUUGUAUGACCUCCGCUCUAAUCGUCCUCUGAUUGCUAAAGAUCACCAGUACGGGCUGCCAAUCAAAUCAAUACAGUUUCACAGUGCUUUAGAUCUUGUAAUAUCCGCAGACUCCAGGAUCAUCAAGAUGUGGAAUAAAGAUAAUGGUAAAAUAUUUACCUCUAUUGAACCAGAAGCAGACGUAAAUGAUGUUUGCCUUUAUCCGAACUCAGGAAUGCUCUUCACUGCUAACGAAGCUCCUAAAAUGAACGUCUAUUAUAUUCCGGCCUUGGGGCCUGCUCCUAGAUGGUGUUCUUUCCUUGACAACCUGACGGAAGAGUUGGAAGAGAACCCAGAAAGCACAGUAUACGAUGAUUAUAAGUUUGUAACCAGAAAAGAACUUGAUGAACUUGGACUUUCUCAUCUAAUUGGAUCUCCAUUGCUCCGAGCCUACAUGCAUGGCUUUUUUAUGGAUAUCCGGUUGUACCAUAAGGUCAAAGCCAUGGUAAAUCCAUUUGCUUAUGAGGAGUAUAAAAAGGAGAAGAUACGACAAAAGAUAGAGGAGGCCCGGGCACAGCGUGUUCAAAUUAAGAAACUGCCAAAGGUAAAUAAAGAGUUGGCGCUUAAACUGUACGAAGAGGAAGAGGAGCUCUCACAGAAGAAGAAGAAACAGAAGAAAAUGCCCAACAUCCUCAGCGAUGACAGAUUUAAAGUUAUGUUUGAGAAUCCAGAUUUCCAAGUGGACCAGGAGAGUGAGGAGUACAGGCUUCUGAACCCCUUGGUCUCAAAAAUCAGUGAGAAGAGAAAGAAGAAAUUAAAGAUAUUAGAAAAGCUUGACGCUGAAGAUGGGGAGGAAGAGGAAGAGCCCGAAGGAAAGCCAAGUGAUGCAGAGAGCUCUGAAUCUUCCGACGAUGAAAAGGGAUGGGUCGAGGAGGUCAGGAAACAGCGCAAGCUCUUACGCCAAGAGGAAAAACAGAGAAGGCAGGAAAGGGUGAGGGAGGACCAACAAACAGCCCUCAAGCCUCAGUUCUACGAGAUAAAAGCAGGGGAGGAGUUCCGCAGCUUUCAGGAUGCGGCCAAGAAACAGAAGUUGAUGAGGAAAACCCUUGAAGAUCGUGUAAAAGUGGAGGAAAAACUGGGAACUCUGAAUGUUUCUGACACUGCUGUGGGCAGCAAGCAGCUUACAUUCACAUUGAAAAAGUCUGAACAACAUAGGAAACGGCAGGAAGCGGAAAAGCAGCAUCAAGAGGAGAGGAAGAAACUGCGCCGUUCAGCGGGACACCUCAAGAGCAAACCAGCCAGGGGUCGGCCAUUUCAUUAGAAGAUCUUGGCUGUUAUUAUUUAUAUAAAGGCCUGCCGGUGCCCUUUAUACGGCGAGCACGCAGGGAUCAGAGACUGAUGUUUGUAGCCGUAGACAAACCCUGUGUGUGUGAGAUGUGCCAGCUAAUAAAGAUCUCACUUUUUUA